AUGGAUACAGCAGGAACAUCAGGGUAAGUUUCAAGCGCUUUUUUAAAUGUAAGUUGUAUUAUUUAAACCGCGUUUGAUAACAGUUUUGUAAUCAAUCCUGUCAGGAUUGUUAUGAAGUUUUGUUCGUCUUUGAACGUCUAAACUAUUCGUUUAAAUACAUUUGAGGUAAGAAUCCACCUUAGCUAAACUCUGAAUGAGCUUAGCUCACUUUUUUGCUGAUAUAAAAGCCCUCUCAAAGCCAAGUUUUUGUAGUCGUUAAUUUUUGCACAUGAAGAUUUUUUAAAUAGUUCUACAGUCAUGUUUUACGCUGUACUGAUUUUCACCUCGAAAAAAAAGUUUAUUUACAAAUAAUUUUUACUGCAGCACAGAAAUCGUUUUAGGCAAUGAAUAUGGAAUCAAAAGUUUGUAAGCUUACCAGUAUUAACACUGACUGUGCAAAUAUAAUUAUUGGCACUUUAUAUUCAGAAAUUAUUCCAUGAAGUGGUCAGAAGAGCACGAUCUCAUGCUAUGCAGAGAAGUUCUUGUCAUGGAACCAUUCAAGCACCCAAAGCAAAGUAGAGAGAGAGAGGAAAUCAGGGGAGAAAUAGCACAAAACUUAAAUGGGCUCAGUGUACCCAAAUUCACUGUAAGAAAGCGGUCUGUUAGGGACAGGCUCACACUUUUGUUGAGGAAGUACAAAGAAAAGGUGAGAAACGAAGAGCAGGGUUCUGGCAUGAAAUGUGACGAGGAAACAGAAUUGGGGAUAGCAUUGUUUGAAAUCAUAGAAAAGGAACAGGCAGCUGAUUUAGAAAGGAAAGAAAACACGAACACUCUUACCAAGAAGCAUGAAAACGACAAGGCGUCAGCCGAAGAAAGUAGGUUGAAGCCUUGGAGCGCCUGGGCCAAACAAAAAAGAGGAAUGCUGAUUCAUGUGAUGAAGUUAUCAAACCAAAAAGCAGAAGAAGUACCACUGAAGCUGUGCAAAUUCUAA